AUGCGGGCGUCCACCCGGCUCUGGAAGUCCAGUUCGGGCUCCUCCAACCGCUGGCUCGCACGACAACAGCAAGACCCCUACGUCCGUCUCCGGACCUCUCCAUCCUCCUCAUCCUCAUCCUCGCCCGCCGAAUCUUAUCGCUCCAGAUCAGCAUUCAAGCUCGUCUCGCUCGCGGCAAAGUACCCCGCUCUACUCAGCCGCGGGAAGGCCGUUGUGGACCUCGGCGCCGCUCCAGGCGGGUGGAGCCAGGUCGCUAUUAAUCGUAGCGGCUCUUCAGGUCCUGGAAGCGACGGAGAGGGAGGAGCAAGGAGUAGAGGGAAGGUCAUAGCGGUGGAUAUAUCGCCGAUGGAGCCUAUCCCGGGGGUGUCUAUCCUCAAGGGGGACUUCCUGACUUUGGGGGUGCAGAGGAGAGUGAGGGAGAUGGUCGGUGGAAGGGGAGGGGAGAGAGGGGUGGAUACGGUGCUCAGCGAUAUGAUGGCGCCGAUGUCGGGGGUGAGGGGGAGGGACGUUCAGGCUAGUUUGGACUUGUGCGGGGCAGCGGCGGAGUUUGGGAGGGAAGUGUUGGUCGUUGGAGGCCAAGAAGGAGAGGAUCAUGGACAUGGAGAUGGAGGACCUGCCGAAGCACAUGGGGAGGAGGUGAAGAAGACUGAGGGUAAGAUCGCAAAGGGGAGGAAGGUGUAUCCUGGCGGAAACAUGGUCCUCAAAUUCUUCGCUCAUCCCGACCUGGAGGCUUUCAGGAAGGAAGAGCUCGAGCCGUGGUUCGCUAAAGUGUCGGUGGAGAAGCCCAAGGAGUCGAGAAGCGAAUCGAGUGAGGCCUACUUUAUCUGUCAAGGCUUCAAGGGGCCGCCUACCGGCCAAAAGACAUAG